AUGGCCGCUUCCAACCUGUCCAUCUGCUCCAAUGACCUGAGCUAUGGCAGCCGGGCCUGUCUGCCUGGGUCCUGUGACUCUUGCACGGACUCCUCCUGGCAGGUGGACGAUUGUCCAGAGAGCUGCUGUGAGCCCUCCUCUGCUGCCCCCAGCUGCUGCCAGUCCACUUGUUGCACCCCUACCACCUGCCUGACCCUUGUCUGUGCCCCAGUGAGCUGUGUGUCCAGCCCCUGCCAGUCAACCUGCACCAGCUCCUGCACGCCCUCAUGCUGCCAGCAGUCUAGCUGCCAGCCCUCCUGCUGCACCUCCUCCCCCUGCCAGCAGGCCUGCUGUGUGCCCGCCUGCUGCACACCUGUCUGCUGCACCUCCUCCCCCUGCCAGCAGGCCUGCUGUGUGCCCGCCUGCUGCACACCCGUCUGCUGCACACCCGUCUGCUGUAAGCCUGUCUGUUGUAGGCCUGUCUGUUGCAAACCUGUUUGCUGCACACCCAUCUGCUGCAAGCCUGUCUGUUCUGGGGCCACCCCCUGCCCAGCCCCUUCGAGCUGCUGCAGACCCUCCUCCUGCUGUGGCCCUGCCUCCUCCUGCCAGCCCAGCUGUUGA